AUGUUGAACACAACCCGAACCAACCAUGACAAUUCAGAAGAGCAAUCUUCAAACGGAGCGAUUACCGACACAAUAAAUGAAGCUUCGCAUACGAGUAGUAUUUACACGAAUUUAGAACAAGAAUCUAACAGUACUACCGUUUCUCCAUUACGAUCGGAUGGUUUAUAUCAACUCUUUUCAAUUGAAUUGGAUGAUGACGACGACGAGGAAUAUCAAGAUGUUAAUGAAGAGGAGGACGUUGAAAAUUUGGAAAAUUUUGACUGGAUUGAUUGGAAUGACUUUAUGGAGGAUGCAACCUCUAAGCAAGAUGAAGAAAAUGAAGAUGAAUUUGACGAUGAUUCUUUGGUUGGAUCUUCAAACUCUGUAGGUUUGAAAAGAGGACGAAAAAAGUAUCAAAAAUUUGAAAAGCCUUCAGUGUUACCAAGUAUUAGACCAAAGAGUCCGCCACGAGUAGCAGCAUCAAGUUCAUCCAGUACUACUUCGAAUGGCAACGCGAAUACUAGCUCAGUUGUAAAUAAUAUUCAACUUCCUCCGUCUCAACCUUUCCAAUAUCUUAACCCAUUAAUUCCAUCUGUAUUGGGCCCUCCUCUCUAUCCUGCUAAUACUGCCAUCUCCAACAAGAAUGGUACCACUACCUCCACAUUUCCAUACCCAUUUAUCAUCCCUUAUCCAGAUAUUUAUAGAGGUACAAUGAAGAGCACUGUUCCACCAACCACCAGCACCAGCACAGCACCACGACGACUACCUACUUCUGACUCUUCUCUUCCUCCCAACAACACUAUUUCAGCUGCUUCUAGCCAUAGUGACAUUGAUGGCGUUGUUGUACUGUCAAACAUAGUCACUCCUAACUGCUUAUUUUCCAAUGAGCAGAUGAAAGAAUUACAAAAUCAAUUGCAGCUUCAUGUACAGUUAUUAUUGUAUAACUAUUUUUUAACGAGUACCCGAGAAGGGUUUCACGCACAACAUGUGGGUUUCAAAAGAUUAAUCGAACAAUAUUUGGCUACAAAAAAGGAAGCAAUAAUGAACAAGACAAAAAGAAUACUUUAUGGAUUUGGAAUUUCAAAAGAUGUCAAAUUAACGGAUUUAACAAACGGACAGGAAUAUGAUCUCAAGGACGAUUAUAAAAAAAAGGAAUCAAUCACUAUUGUGCAAAGAAGUACCGAGGAAUGGGCACAUAUGAUUGGAACCACAAUUUUUGAUAUUGAAGGUUUAGAUGGUGCUGAAACCUUUCUAAAUUUUGAUUACAGUUUUGUCAUGUCAUCAAAUCAAAUUGAUUGGGAUCUAUUUGUAAAGUUUUUACGCCCCUUCAAAUUAUUUAAUAACCAAAGUCUUCUUGCGGAAGUGCAAGAGAGUAUAUAUUAUCUAAAUACUGUUCCAGAGGAUAAUAUUGGAUCGAAGCGAGUUGUUUUUACAAUUCCAGAAGAUAAUUUAUUAAUAAUGGGUCUUAAAAAACAUUGGAAGCCUGGAGGUACAAUUAAGUGGGACAAAAUUAAGAAUGAUAUGUUUCCAAAUAAGACAUCGAAACAACUCCGUGUAAGAUACAAAAAUAUGAUCGGGAAAAGAGGUCCUCCAAUAGAAGUGAACCCCUUUAAACAAUUUAGAAAUAUAAUAGAAAGUCAGAACAGCACUAGAAAGCAUGACCCUCUAUCUAAGAAGAAAAAGGAUGUACCAUCUUUGAACUAUUCACAUUUAUUCGAUAAUGUUGAAUUAUUUAAAAUUACAAACAAAUUAACAAAGAAAGAACUACCAUGUAGCUAUAAGGAACUGAGUAAGAUACAAACAUACAGAGAUAACCCCUCCUCUGACUCCGAAGAUUCAGAGUCUAAGGAGGUUGUGGCACCCUCUGAAAGUCGUAAAAGAAAGAAACCAGAGAAAUCAUCGUCGAAAAAGAAAAAGAAAUCAGAAGUAUCUGAGACUGACAUUAAGGAGUCAACUCCUGCACAAUCUCAACCUCAAAAGCAAGAUACAGAAAUUUUAGAACAUGAGAAAUCGUCAUCUACGAAUGGUCUCACUGAUAGCCUGAUGCAACUAAUAGAAAAACAACCUGCGGAAAAUUCAUCCAUUCCACAACCUCUUGAAGAUGUUGGAUCCAUAGACUCUGCUUCAGAAGACGAAAACGAUGACGAACUGCCUCAACCACCUCCAGCUAUUCUUAGAGCAGAAAAAGAAUGUGAAGUUUUGUGUGAUGGCCAAUUUGUGAACUUUACGCAAGAAGAGGAUAGACAAAUAUUAGUAACGUUAAAGCAACACGGAUUUUCAGAUAUUGCUAAUAUUACUGAUUUGACAUUGGUAAAGGCUGCAAUACAAGAAGUAAGCAACUCCAUUUCAAAAAGCUUUAAUUCUGUGCAGGCCAGAAUCCUCAAGCUUCAACACUUUUGGAAACAACAAGUAUCACAUAAUGUUUGUUUUGACACAUCUCAAUCAUUAAAAAAAAAUAAUGAAAACCAUCCAACGCCAAAUCACCGUGGUGUGGUUGCUCACCGUUCUACUAUCACUGGUUUGUCUUUGCAUUACUCACAUGCCGAAUGGGCCUAUCUUCAAGAGGAGCCAUGUCUGUUGAAAGCUGCCAGACUGAAACCACUCAACAACGGAAAUUUGCAAACCUCGUCGUCAUCCAUGUUCGUUCACGUUAAAUUAUUCAAUCAUGUCGUCAUGACCAGUGAUGUUUUAGAACAGUUGGCACGUCUUUUUAAAAAAGAAGAUUAUCGUGUUGACUUUCAAUUUAGAUCGGGUGACAGCGUUGAGAGUCACAAAAUGUUCACAACUCGUGUCUCACAAGAGUUGUUGUCGAACUCACUCGCAAAGAAUGAGUUCAUUCAAAAGACAGUGGAGUGGAUCAAAAGAGUUCCUUCCGAUGAGAGAGUGACUUUUUCAAGCUUGAGUUUGGAUUCUUUGAAAUUUGCAACAUUGCAAGUCAAGUUUGAAGAAGAGAUCAAUGAUUUAAAAAGCACACUGCUUCCAUCCAUUCAAACUUCUUUCCAUACUCAAUUGAACUCUAGAAUGAUGCAACAUUUGAAUAGUAUAUCUUUUUCAAAUGCCAUACAAGCACUCACCAAUGCACACGCGCGAAAUCAAAAUCCUAUUGUGACAUCUCGAGUAUUCAAUGAAUUCAUGACAGAAUUGAACCUCAAGAAGAAUGCAGAAAAUCCUCAAGACUUGUCCACUCUUGAAUUCAAUAACGUCCAUGUAGAAGAGAUGAGAAAUUUCUUCCACAAUCAACUCUCCAAUUACUUUGACCUGGAUUGGAAAUUCGAUGAGACCACUCCAAAUUUAUUACAAGUGUCAUUGGCAAAUUUCGAUCUUAAUAUUUGGUAUUUAAUUCAAACUGGUAAAUUCCAAGAACAAGCCAAUACACCUCUCGUUCAACACUUUAAAAAACGUGAAGAUGUGGAACAACUCUUUAUGACACAAGCAUCCGAAGUCACUCCUGAAAUUACAUAUUUGAAUGAAAUGUUUAAAGACAUUUCUGAACAGAUGGGUCAACAAUUAUUAGACUCUUUCAAAGCUUUGGAAAGUGUGGAUUUAAUUACUCGUGGUGUGAAUUAUCAAAUUACCAAUUAUGGAGCCAAUCAAGUUGUUCAAUCAGGUGGAACCGAUAACAGUUACAUUUGGAACAAAGGAAUUUCUGGAACUGGUGAAAUUGUUGCUGUAACUGAUACAGGUGUGAAUGUCAAUCAUUGCUUCUUUAGUGGAAAUGGAGAGAGUUAUUCCCAACUGAAUUUGAAUAAUCGUAAAAUUGUGUAUAUUGAUACACAGAAUGGAGCUGGAAAUACGGUAGACGAUGGUGGACAUGGAAGUCAUGUGUGUGGUACCGUUGCAGCCAAAGAUGCCAAAUUGUAUGUGGUGGAUGCUCAACGAACAGCCUCUGGUGGUUUAUACAUCUCUGAUUUGAAUGUUCUAUUACCUCGCAUCUACUCGUCUGGUGCUCGUAUCAGCUCCAAUUCAUGGGGUUGUGCAAGUCCUUACGAGUGUACCUACGAUUGCCAAUGUUAUUCGGUAUCUUCGAGCGGUACUAAAACACCAGUAUCUGACUCGACAUGUUUGGCUCAAGUCGGUCGUCGUUGUUGCCACUACUGCAACGUAUAUGGUACUCAGAGUAGAUCCAUUGACUCGGUUCUGAAUCGUUAUGAUGAAUUGUUGUAUGUGAAUGCAGCUGGAAAUAGUGGAGAUUAUUCGUAUGAUUCCACAAUGGGAGAUCCAGCCACUUCUAAAAACGCUCUCACAGUGGGAUCUUCAUAUGCCUCCACCGAGUAUUACAAGAUGAUUUAUCCAACUAGUAAUAUUAAUGGAAGCGUAUUGAAUGUGGAGAAUUUGAGUUACUUUUCCUCGAGAGGCCCUACCAUUGAUCAAAGAAUUAAGCCUGAUGUGGUUGCUCCAGGAUCUUACACUUCAAGUGCAGAUUUUAGAAGUACUUGUGGUUUGGCAGUCAUGAGUGGUACUUCCAUGGCGACUCCUGCUGUUUCUGGUGCAGCAGCGCUUAUUCGACAAUACUUACUUCAAAACAACAAGCAGAAAUUAGUAGAGUUUGAACUGUUUAACAAGACAUCCACUCAAACGCUCUCUGGUUCUUUGGUCAAGGCUUUAUUAAUCCAUUCUGCAGAAAAAUUGAAUGGAAUGGUUCAACUUUAUCCAAAUUAUUACCAAUCUCUUGCCAUCAUGCCAAUCCCAAAUAACUUUGUUGGAUAUGGAAGGGUAAAUUUGAAACGAGUGCUCAAGUUUGACAAUGAUCAAACGAGCUUGAGUUUAGUGGGUCAGAUUGGUGUCAUCAACAGAGUUUUACUGGAACCUGGCCUCUCCUCUCAAUUUGAGCUUGUUAUGGGUUCAUCAAAUAAGAACACUCUCAAAGUAACCAUUGUAUGGUAUGAUUUACCCUACACAACAGCUCUCGCAAAGGGAAGUACAGAGAAGCGAAUUGUGAAUGACUUGGAUCUAAAGGUCACCGUUGAUGGAGGAAAAUCUGUUUAUUAUGGUAAUGGAGAGUUAUCAAAGAAUACCAAUUAUGACUCCACCAACACUGUAGAAAGCAUCACUAUUGACAAUCUUCCAAGCGGUGCUUCUUGUGUAGUUAGUGUGGGAGCAAAAUCAUCAAAUAAGGGAAGUCAAGCGUUCAGUUUGGUAGUAUCAGGUAAUUUUGUUGUCAAGUCCUCUCCUCAAACAAGAGUGAAUGCUACUAUUUCAAGAAAUUCGUUCGAAAUUCUUUGGACCAUGUACAUUCUGAUCUCAGCAGCUCUGCUCAUCAACAUGUUGAUGUAA